AUGCAAUCAUAUUCUCAAAAUGAGGAUAUAAAUAAUUUUAUGAGUAUUACAGGAUGUUAGGAUUAUUAGAAAGCAUAAUCAUUCAUGUAAAUGGCAGAAAAUAUACUUGAAGUAUUUAUAAUUUUAAUUAGAAUGCAAUUCAACUUUAUAUGGAUUAUGAAGGAGGACUUAAUUAAAAUACAUAAUAGAAUGAGUUAUACAAUUAAUAAUAAUAAUAGAGGCUAAUCAUUUAAGAAUCUCCAAAGAGUAAAAUUUAUAGCGUAUUUCUGAAGGAUACGUUUAUAAUUCUAAUUAAGAUAUUCAACUAUUCCCAUAGGAUGAUGCUUUCGUUGAAAAAUAUAGAAAGUAUUUAGAAGAAAAAAGAGCAAAAUAGGAUGGUAUUUUUAAAAAAACUAUAAAAUAUGGUGUAAAAUUUAUCUCCUAUUAUUGUAACAUAUAAGUUUUUACUUAGUCAAAAAUCCACCUAAUUACGGCAAUGACUUUUUAUAAUAUAUUUAAUAACAAAAGAUUUAAACAGAAAUAGCUUUUCAAAGUGGAAAUUUCUAAGAAAAUUGAUAAAAGCAAAUGAAGAAACAAGACCUUUGUUAGUUUAUUUACAUGAUCACUCAAACAUUUUGAUAUUAUAGA